AUGCUCUCUCUCGACGAAAGUGUGGGCUUAUUUGUAAGAGUGAUAACUCAACAUGAUCAGGCAAUCUAUGGGAAAAUUCACAGCUACUCGCCACGGACAUUGUUGACACUCAUAGAGACACCUCCCAAUUCAAAAUCGGCGUCUUCAAGAGUGUCCCAAUCUCCUUCACCUUCAGAUGAUGAGAAGUACGAUAAAAAUGCAAAAUUCACUGCCAUUAAUAUUCAGCAUAUCAAGUCUAUUCAUGCCUUGGAGAAGAAUAAAUACACGGAGAAGAUACAUAUUAAUGAUACUUUUGCAAACAAAAUUAAUGCACCAUGUUAUAUACCGAAGGAGACUUUGGGUUAUAAAAUACGUAAUGGAACUAGGGAUACACGGAAACAAGAAUUGGAAUUCAGGUUGCGUUUGAUGGCGAAGGAUAAAUUAAGUGGAGAAGGGCUCAAGCUUUUCAGAAACUUGGUCAAUGUUAUCCCUAUCGAUACUUUCUCCAUAGACCCUUCAGGUGACAUCAAAUUUGAAGAUUCUGCCAUCUGUAUCUUGAAGCCUUACAAGCCUGGGGAUGUGAAAGUCAUCAACGGUGAUGAUACCCAAAGAGAGAAGGAACAGUAUAACUAUAUCAAGAAACAAGUCUCUUCUGCAUGGGAGAAAAUAGAGAAAGUUGAAAAGGGUGGAUAA